ACGAAAUCCAACGGCAACAAGAAAAUACUUUCCUAAGCUGCAUUAGCCGCUAGCUCCCAUCAUCUGAAUAGCGAGAGAGAGGGACCGGAGAUUAAACAGACAGAAAAGAUGAAAAGGUGGUUCGAUCCAUGGCCCGUGUUCUUCAAGCGGGAGUUCAACCGUAACUGGCCGUUUUUGGUCGGAUUUGCUAUAACCGGAACUAUCAUCACCAAGUUAUCUCUUGGCCUUACCGAGGAGGAUGCCAAGAAUUCACCUUUUGUCCAGAGGCACAAAAGGUAAUUGUUAACACAGCAGAUUUCAGCAUUGCAGUCGCAGCAGGAAAGGAAAUGGACUUGCUUCUUUUUCAUGGUCUAUAAUAACAUGAGAGAUGUUUUAGAUACUCCCAAGAUGUGAAUUUUCUAUCAGUUGCUGUUUUGACUUGAAUAACAUGGAACACCUUUUAUUGAAUGGCUAUUUCCAUUGUGUGCUUGAACUGAUUGCCUUCAAUAAAAAAAGAAUUUAUAAGAAUCA